UCGCCGGCACUCCUCACCUGCCGUGCAGCCCAUUUAUCCCCAUCCCCACGCUGCUUCAGAGAGAGAGAGAGAGAGAGAAGGGUGAGAGGGAUUCAAGUUUCAAACACACAAACAAAAACACCCACACACACAGAGUCAGAGAGCGAUCGAUCUAGCGAGGGGGGAAGGCCGGAAGGGAAGGGAAGGGAAGGUCAUCGAUCGAUCCGUAGCUCGUCGCUCGUCCUCCGGAGCAAGCAGGGAAAGCAUGGCUGACUGGGGCCCCGUGGUGAUCGCGACGGUGCUGUUCGUGCUGCUGACGCCAGGCCUGCUGUUCCAGCUCCCCGCGCACGGCCGCAUCGUCGGCUUCGGCACCAUGCACACCAGCGGAAUCGCCAUCCUCGUCCACGCCGUCCUCUACUUCGCCCUCAUCACCAUCUUCCUCAUCGCCAUCGGCGUCCACAUCUACGCCGGCUAGGCUAGCUUAUUAGGCGCCUGCCCUCUCGCCGGGCCACAGGACAGGACGGUUUCUUUUCUUCAGCCCCCUUCUUUCCUCAUCAUAUACUAGUGCUACUCUUGAUGUCUUUGCUCAUCGCGUUUAUUAUUGCCUACUCCUACAGUCCUACUUGCGUCGAAAUGGAAUGAACCUUAGCUACAACAAGUACUAGUUGUUUGUUGGUGGUGUAUCUUUUUUUUAAAAAAAAAAUUGUUUAAACUGCGGUGAACAAUCCGAUCAUACCGCAGUGUGUUGUAUCUAGGUGAUUGAUUAUGGUAUUUCUCUGUUCCUUGUUCCGUCAUCUGCUUGUGCAUCGAUUUCAGACGACAUGAUGAUGAUGAUGCUCCGGGCUCUUGAUUCAGUCUGAGCAGUGUGUACAA